CGCUUGAAUGCUUCGGCUGGCCCGUGUGAUGGUCACGUGAUCAGCUGGUGCUGAAGAGCAUGGCGUGCUGUGGACGCGGUUUGUGUUGUCAGUGCUGCUGCAGUGAAGGCGACACAAGUACACCAGAGGAGCUGACAAUACUGGGUGAAACCAGAGAAGAUGAGGAUGAAAUAUUGCCGAGAAAAGACUAUGAGAGUUUGGAUUAUGACCGAUGCAUCAAUGAGCCGUUCUUGGAGGUUUUGGAGGGGUUGGAUAAUAAGAAAGCCAGAAAGUAUGAAGCGAUAAAGUGGAUUUUGGUUUUUGCAAUUGGAGUAUCAACAGGACUGACUGGCCUGUUUGUCGAUUUCUUCGUGCGGCUCUUCACUCAGCUGAAGUUCAGCUUGGUUGGACAAUCUGUGGAGGAAUGCAGUGAGAGUGGCUGUCUAGCUCUCUCUUUACUGGAGCUGCUGGCUCUCAAUGUGAUGUUCGUAUUCAUCUCCAGCGUUCUGGUGCUCGUUGAGCCUGUUGCAGCUGGGUCUGGUAUCCCAGAAAUUAAAAGUUACCUGAACGGAGUAAAGAUUCCAGGCAUUGUGCGGCUGCGGACCUUCAUAUGUAAGGUCACAGGAGUCCUGUUCGCUGUUGCUGGAGGAUUGUUUGUGGGUAAAGAGGGACCAAUGAUUCACAGUGGAGCGAUAAUAGGAGCAGGGCUUCCUCAGUUUCAGAGCAUCACCUUCAAGAAGAUCCGCUUUCACUUUCCCUAUUUCCGCAGUGACAGGGACAAGAGGGAUUUCGUGUCGGCGGGUGCGGCGGCUGGAGUUGCGGCUGCCUUUGGGGCACCUAUAGGGGGCACCCUCUUCAGUCUGGAGGAGGGGUCGUCCUUCUGGAACCAGGCCCUCACAUGGAAAGUGUUGUUCUGCUCCAUGUCUGCCACUUUUACACUCAACUUCUUUCGUUCUGGGAUCAACUUCAAUAAAUGGGGAUCAUUCCAGCUGCCUGGCCUGCUCAACUUUGGAGAGUUUAAGUGUGUAGAUGGAGAUAAGACGUGUCACUUGUGGACGGCAGUAGAUUUGGCGUUUUUUGUGUUAAUGGGGAUGGCAGGAGGUUUGCUCGGCGCUCUCUUCAACUGUAUCAACAAACGUCUCGCAAAAUACCGUAUGAGAAAUGUUCACCCCAAAGCAAGAUUCAUCAGGGUGCUGGAGAGUCUGCUGGUGUGUAUGGUGACCACACUUGUGAUCUUUGUGGCAUCAGUGACUCUGGGGGAGUGUCGAGAUUUAGUCUCCCCCAAUAACAACACAUCAACACAGGGGUCUGUAAAUGAAGAGGUGAACUCAACCAUACGACGCUUCUUCUGCUACAACAACACAUAUAAUGACAUGGCAACCCUGUUUUUCAACCCUCAAGAGGUGGCAAUCCACCAGCUCUUCCACCAGAAUGCUACCUUCAGUCCCGUCACACUCUCGCUGUUCUUUGUUCUGUAUUUUUUUCUGAGCUGUUGGACGUAUGGUGUGUCUGUUCCCAGUGGUCUGUUUGUCCCGUCUCUUCUCUGUGGAGCUUCACUUGGGCGCCUAGUGGCCAAUGUCCUAAAAAUCAACUUUCACAUGCAAAUAUAUUCGGGGACCUUUGCCUUGAUUGGAGCAGCUGCCUUUCUAGGAGGUGUGGUCAGAAUGACCAUCAGCCUGACAGUCAUCUUAAUUGAAUCGACCAAUGAGAUCACAUACGGACUUCCCAUUAUGAUAACACUGAUGGUGGCCAAGUGGACAGGCGAUUUCUUUAAUAAGGGAAUAUAUGAUAUUCAUAUUCACCUGAAGGGAGUCCCGCUGCUGGAGUGGGAAACAGAGGUCGAGAUGGACAAAUUAACGGCCAGUGACAUCAUGGUGCCCAACCUGACGUAUGUGUAUCCUCACACCCGUAUCCAGUCUCUGGUCAGCAUCCUGAGGACCACAGUCUAUCACGCUUUCCCCGUCGUCACCGAGAACAGAGACAAUGAGAAGGAGUUCAUGAAGGGCAAUAUCCUCAUCAGCAACAAUAUCAAAUUUAAGAAAAGCAGUGUGUUGACGCGUGCGGGGGAGCAGAGGCGGAGGUGUCAGUCCAUGAAAUCAUACCCGUCAAGUGAGCUGCGCAACGUGUGUGCCGAGCAGACUGCUGUGGAGCCGGCGGAGGAAGGGCAGGACAUCCUUCAGCAGAUGCUGGAGAGGAGACACGUGCCGUACCCAAACCUUUACCCGGACCAGUCUCCCAGUGAGGAGUGGAGCAUGGAGGAGCGGUUCCGGCCGCUCACCUUUCACGGGCUCAUCCUGCGCUCACAGCUCGUCAACUUGCUGAUCCGCGGCGUCUGCUACGCUGAAAACCAGUCGAGCGCCUCACAGCCACGGCUCUCUCAUUCAGAGAUGACUGAGGAUUACCCACGAUUCCCUGACAUCCACGACCUCGACCUGGCCCUUCUCAAUCCACGCAUGAUUGUGGACGUGACUCCUUACAUGAACCCCUGUCCAUAUACAGUCUCUCCAAAUACACGCGUCUCCCAAGUAUUCAAUCUGUUCAGGACCAUGGGGCUUCGACACUUACCUGUAGUCAAUGCUGUGGGAGAGAUCGUGGGAAUAAUCACCAGACAUAAUCUUACCCAUGAGUUUUUAGUUGCUAAACUCCGACAGCAUUACAUCACAAUCUAAGACCCGUUCACGAUCAAGCACCCACCUUGAGUAAUGUCUUCCUCGAGAUGAGAAGAGCCGAACGCUCCGGGACCUGAGACUAGAUCCCCUCCGAACCUGAACCCCGCUGCAGGUCGUACCCUAAAGCCAUUCCUAGUAUCUGUGAGGACAGCUAGAGGUCAGCACCUGACACAAGCACACCUCAUGCUAGCACUAAUGCAGGUGACCGUCCUGACCACACCCUCUGCCUGUGCUUCAUCAGCCUCACUGCAGCACUUUUCAUUUAGCAUCUCUGAGUUCUGAGUGUUUUAAUUCUGCUCACCAUUUCUGUGUGUUCCUGAACGUUUGCUGUCUGCACAAAGACUGAUGGAAACCCUGACCAUCUCUGGUCAAAAGGGUAAAUAUCAUGAAAACCAUCAAGAAUAUGUCUGGGUCGUGUUUCAUCCUUAAAUCAAGCAAAAACCACACUUCUUUCUUUUGAAGAAAAUUAUUUUUAGGACCUUUAUGAUUUUUAGUAUUAUGUCAUUAUUUGUAUGACAGUUAAGCACAUUUCCCCCAAAUCAAAUUUUUUUUUUUUUUAUUACUGCACUGCCAAAAUAUUUAAAUAGUAUUGCCAUAUUUUUUAUUUAUAUGUUGUGCAUUACAGUAAUACAUUUUAUUUUUAAAAUGUUUUAAAAUUACUGUAGUAAUUAGCUUAAAGAAAUAUAUGCCACCAAUAUAUGAAUAAUUUAAACUGUGUAAUUCGAUUUUUUGCAAUUAAUGUUAAAAAUACAACGUUUUAUUAAAUUGGGUUUUAUUUACUUGAAGCAAAAUAGUUUUCUUUCCUUUAUUUUGGGGUGAAAUGUGACCUGUUUUCAUGAGACCUUCCUGUCAGUUAACAAAAAGCAAACCAAUGCAAAUGUGGCAUUAAAGAAACACUAAUAGACUCUUUCUAGACUCAACAAUCAGAUCUGAAUGCAUUUUCAUCUCAUUUAAUCAUGCUCUUAUUUCAAGAAUUCCUUUUUCUAGGCACACGUUUUCUCUAUUUUGAAAUGCAAUGUAAAGUUAUUCAAUUCCAGUGUUUCAGCAUUUAUUCCAAGUGGAAAAUGUUUUAAUUGUAAUUGUGGCAUUAAUGAUAUUUUUACAGUUCAUUUUGCCUAUUCCAUUGAAAUAAUCUGAGAGGGAAGAAAGUUCUCAGGGUGUGUUUGUAAUAAUGAACCAGUCAAACCACCAUAAAGUCACUGACUUACAGGGAUUUGUGUAAUACAUAUGCUUGUCUUUGUCACAUACAGUCAUGAUGAUAUUAGUAUAUCAUAAUAUGACUGUGGUUUGAUUUCAAGGGACUUACAAGAGCAGACUAAAUAGUAUUUGAAGAAAUGAUGGCACGUCUGUAUACUACACUUUCCUUAAAUAUGUUUGUUUACUGUAAUUUCCUUUUGUAUUUGAUUUAAGAUGAAGGAUAUUUUGUCAUAUGCUGCGAAUAUUGUUUUAAUUUAUGCUUUAAAAUGUCACUUAUCUUUUGCAGUGUUUUAUUGUGAAGAGGAACUAUCACAGGUUUAUUUGAUGUGUCUUUUUAAUGUAUGUUUUGUAACAUACUGUUGAGUUUAAAGGGAUGAAGAGCCGACUAAACAUGAUUUAUCUCUUAUAAGAGCUUCAUGAAGCGAUAUGCAAAUGCUGUGUAAAAAUGACCAGAUGCUGCUCAUUAUCACAAAAUAAAUGUUUGUAUCACACUGAAGGAUGGACCUCACAUAGCGUAACUCUAACAAUCCUAUAUGCUCGUGCAAUUUAAAGAAAAAAGUAGAACUUUCGAAAAUAUGCUCAAACUCAGACAUUUCAGCUUUAUUAACUGUAACUUAUCCAUCAAAUGACAGCAAAGUGACCAGGAUGGGGAAAAGAGCUCAAAUUAGUCGCUGCGCAGUGAGGGAGUGACAGUCAGUGCACUGACAGCAGUUUGAAGCAACAGGAUAGCAUUCGCUUUCAGUGGAAGUUGGCAAUUUCCAGUGCUGGGACUGUUGGUGAUGAAACAAUUUGAGCAGCUUAGUUUUAUGCAAAUGAGCAUCAACACAAUGUGAGCACAACCAAUGGGAAUGCAGAUAAUUCAAAUUAGUCAAGUCAAGUCAAGUCUGCUUUAUUGUCAAUUCUUCCACAUGUACAGUACAUACAUACAGAGAAUCGAAAUUGUGUUACUCUCAGACCCACGGUGCAUACAGAUAUUUUCUUUUCUUUUCUUCUUCUUUUUUACAUUUUUAAGUGCUGCCUUUCUUGGCCAGGGACCAUUUGAAAAAGAGACUAUUGUCUCAAUAUGAUUUCCCCUGGUUAAAUAAAGGAAUAAUAA